GUCCGAAUGGCUCGCGCUUCGGCAAAGUGUAGCUUGUUUGGCGAGACGAGGUCAGAUGAGAGGCCCCAAGGCGCACAAUUUUUGAUUAGCAGGGCUGACUGCCCUCUCAAGAGCAGAAUAGAAAAAAAAAAAUGGGUUGCCGAGACAGCGAAAAGAAAAUUUCGAGUGGACAAUUGAUGGUUGUGUGUCUCAGUCUAGGUAUGGCAUGCAAUAUACAAGUAAAAGAGAGACACAGGACAAGGGAGGGGCGUGAAUGUCGCGAGCGACGGCCGGUUCUGGCAAGCGACACAGUCCACACGCCCCCCCUCUGUCUCUGCUUUUUGCGUCCUUGCAUGCAAGAGGAACGUCGACAAUGGGAUUGGAUGCCUGUUCUGCACGGUCGGUGGGUUAGUCGCGGCGUAGAGAUGAAGAAGAGACGAAUCAGGAACUUUGGAAUAUGAGAGUAUAAGAGCGAAAGUGGAUAAAGAAAGGGAAGCAUUCAA